UGAAAGAUUUAAUAAAAUAAUUUUUAUCAUUUGCAAUUAUAAAUAAUUAUUAUAUUUACGAGUACGUAUAUUGAUUUGAACAUCGAACGAGUCGCUUUAUAGAGGAGGAUCGGUGAUGUCGAAUGACAACGACAUGGAAUGCUUUUCAAACGAAUUCGACAAAAGCUUUUUGUCCAGAAAUUGUAUCCUUCUGUGGCGCCACUGUCGGCCAUUGCAAUGCUACAAGUCCGAUGGUCGCACACAUGGUCGCAUACAUCAAAAUAUCAAUUCUAUAUAGUAAGGUUAAAUAAAAUUAGCGGGAGCGGAUCUCUGCUACUUCAAUCAUAUGCAUCCAGAAUGGAUCUGCCGGCAACUCAAAUUUGUUAUGAUUAUGAUGACAUGCCGACUCAAAAGAUUGAACAGCCCAUAGGAAAGGAACAUAAUGUGCAGGUUGCCGUAUUGACCGUCAAUUCUAAUUCAUAUCCCAUUUAUAAAGGUAUUAGUAAGAUAGGACGACAUCCGGAUUGUAAUGUUAUUUUCAACGAUCAGAGUAUAUCGAAAUAUCAUGCAGAGAUAGAAAUAAAUACGUCCCCAGUGAAUGCUUGGAUAUGUGAUCUGAAUUCUUCCAAUAAAACAAUACUCAAUAAUAUUGUUUUACGGCCUACGCGUUAUUACGAAUUAAGGGAUAACAGUACCAUUGAAUUUGGCAGGAUAAAAGCGAUUUAUAAGACGUGCCGUUUAGAAAAUGAAUUUGUCAUUCCCGAAACACCUCUACAGUAUAAACAAAAGAAAAUAACAUCUAUAAUUCCAGAAUCGCCAGAUUCUUUAUCGAAUAAUUCGUCAAUUAUUAACGGAGAUGAUUCGACGAUUGCGACAGUGCCGCAAGAAUGUCUCGGAAAAUCUGUUUGUUCGCGGCCAUCUAUAAAUCAGGAAAAAUCGCAAAAGGUGUUGAAAGGCAAAGGCAAAGAUAAUAACGUUGGUACGUUGUCGGAUUCGAUGCAGGACGUUAAUAACGAUGAAUCUAUCGUUCGCCAAUCGUCCGAUAAAAAUAAAAGGAAGGAAACUUUCGAGAGGGAUUUUAAUGUCAGCACGUGCGAACAGAAUGAUCCAAGUACAAGCUGCGAAUCGGAUGACAUAUUUGAAGUGGCUACGCAACGCAUUGGCAUUGAUUUGGAUUUGGAUAGUGUUAAAAGUCUAUCACCGUUGAAAGGGAGAAAGACCGAUGACGGAGAUGUUGAUAUCGACGGUGGUACGACUCGAAAUAUAUCCAACGUACGAAAUAUAUCAAGUACUCCGAUAAAGAAAACGAAUCGAGUUGAAGAAUUGAAAAAGAUAGAAAACGAUAUUGCACUGGCGACUAAGUGCAUUCAAUCGAGAGAGAUUGAAAGUAAUAAAGGGGAAAAUAAAGUGAAAAAUGGGAAUGAUAUCGACGAUUUCGAUAAGUUAGAAACCCAAUUGGUACGCUUACCUGACUUUAUUAAUGACGCAAAGGAAAGAAAAAGCGACGCGGAAGGGGAAAGCGACGAUAUCGAUGAUAUUGAUACGUUGGAUACCCAAAUAAUAGAUUUUUCAGAUUCGAAUCGUGGCGCGAAUAAUGCAAGGACUUGUGAAAAGGUGGACGACAUUAUCGAUAUUGAUUUAUUGGAUACGCAACCAUUGAGUAAAGUCCAUGAGGUCGGCACGUCGUCGUCUGCGGCAGCCAAGGAGGUCGUUCAACGAUUGAAUUCAUGCAAUAAUGUUAGUAUAGAAGAUAUCGAUUAUGAGACGGCAUCCACUCAAAUAAUCGAGGAGAUGGAAAUAUUAUCGAAUACGCAAGAGGAUAAUAGGAUUAAAAGUACAGAUAAAUCUAAAAAGAGCAAAGUCAAUCUUACCGAUAGUCUCGAACAGAAAUUAAACGAUAUGUUCGACGAGGUUAACGACGAAGAGAUAAACGAUACAACGAUGAUAUCGACUCAAUGUCUUGAAAAUAUUUUAGAGGUAUCCCGGUGUAAUAACGUCUCAACGUUUGACAAAGAUUUAAAUAAAAAAUUGGCCGAAUCAAGUCGACGAACAACGUCGGCAGAUUCGCAGGACGACGAGGUAUAUUUCGGUGGGCUUCUUUCUAAAAGAAAACGAAACGUUCUUGCCGAUUCUCAAGAAAUUCUUCGUUCAAAAGUUUCGACUAAUAAUCGCCGCUCGUCUAACAGAAUUUUAGCCAUCGAACACGUAGAGAGAGAUGAUUCAUUGAAUAGCUUCGAGAUUUCUUCGAGCGUUACUUCGAAGAAAAAGAACGUCGGCGAACGUACGGAAACGGCCAAAUUGUCAGACGACGAUAUUUUAACUCGAUUGCCGGAAGUUAAUAUAUCCGGUACACUUUCGGAUCCAAACGCUCGCAGGUCGUUGGUUAAGGAAACCAAAUCUACGCGUCGUACUGAUAAUAAAAAGACCGUUAAAAAAUCGGACACAUCCAAAGUCCGGGAAACGAGAUCUAGCAUUAAUAAAAACGUACCCGUGACGAAAUUGGAAGAUGUCAAUUAUGAAAAUGUUAAAAGAAUGGCCGAGGAUUUCAUUUCCAACAGGGAUAAUAAAUUGAAUCGUUCUAUGGUAGUAGGAAUGGCUAAAAGGGGGAAAAAAGUAAAGAACGUAAAGUUAACUGAUAAGCCAUCGGUUAAAAAGAUAACUAAAUUGGAUAAGGUAGAAAGAGAAUCCGAAAGUAUUUUAACUUAUGUAACCGACCAAGUCCCACCAAGAAGAAGGAAUACUCGAUCUGUGAGCUUGGCGGACUCCAAAAAAGAGAUCGAAGAACGUCGAACGAAAGAUAAUAAUAAUAGGGGAAACGAUAACACGUCUAAUACCGAUCUGAUAAUGGGAGAGGAGUCGCAAGAGGUUGCAAUGAUUAUGAACGUUUCCUCGAUUAUCGAGCCAAGAAAUAUUCGAAAGCGUAAAGUAGCUAAUCUAACGAAUUCGGACGAUGAUACGUUAAACGGCAAUAACGUAAUUUCUCGUAAAGGUAAAACGAACGAUGCGCUAUACGAGGCAUCUAAAUCGCAAUUUAAACGAAUCAAAUUUGGUCGAAAUAAUUCGUCGCAAUUGUCCGUUGAUUAUUCUAUGACGGAUGAUUCGUCAUUGACCGUUGCGAACGAAGAUGAUUCCGCGAUAUCAUCCAAUGUUCGGUCUACUCGUUCGACGCGAUCGAAUACGGAGAAACGAAAAAAUGAUAAUAAUACGAGUAGUUCAAAGAAAACGGAAGGGAAGAACGAUACUUGGACGGACAGAGAAAAUAAUAGGAAAACUCCAACGAUACCUUCAACGCCUGCAACACGUAGAAGCGUGUCCUUUUCAAGCCUAAAUACCUCAUCAUUUUCUGCAAAAGAAAAAAUUCUUUUUACCGGUAUAGCGGAUGAUGAAUAUGCUAAAGUAUUAAAAAUAUUAGGCGGUACAAAGGUAGAAGAUCCUUCGAAAUGUACCGUAUUGGUUACAGACAAAAUACGUAGGACAAUUAAAUUUCUUUGUGCAUUAGCAAACGCAGUGCCGAUAGUAUCUGUAAAUUGGUUACACGAAAGCAAACGAGCUGGCCAUUUCUUAGAUUGGGAAAAUUAUAUGUUGAAGGAUCCAGCUAUGGAAGCAAAGUAUGGAUUUAGAUUAAGAAAGAGCUUGGAUAAAGCUAGAGAAAGAAAAUUGUUAGACGGUUAUGUGGUUUUGUUAACUCCAAAUAUAUUAUCACCGCCUAUAUCGGAAUUGAGAACUAUGAUCACAUCGUGUGGUGGCAAAGCUUUAUUACGACCAUCUUCGAGAUUGACAGAAAAAACAAUAAUUAUAAGUCAUCAGGAUGAUUUGGAUAAUGCGCGAAAAUUGUUAUUAAAAGUACCUAAAAGUGUAACGAUACAGUCUACCGAGUUCCUUUUAAUUGGUAUUUUAAAGCAAGAAUUAGAUUUCGUCCGACAUAAAUUAAUUUAAUCGCAUUCCAAUUAAUUUAGCUCGUCGGUGGUACCCAUGCGAUUGUUUUUUCUUUUUUUUUCUUUUUUUCCUUUUGCUAUGUAAUACGGACAUUUUCUGUAUACUCUCAAGUAUUUUAAUGAAAUCAUUUGUAUUAUCGUUAUAAUAAUUUUACCUAAGCAAUAUAGACGCAAAUCUUUGUGUAUAAAUAAAUAUUUUGGAAGAUAGUCAAUGGUAAAACCAAUGGGUUUUGGUGGAACGUUAAUUUUUCGCUAUAAAAAUAAGCGGAUGGAAUUUAUAUAUUUCUUACUUAUUAUUAUUAACAUGGAUCGUUACCAAACACGAUAUAUAUCCCAUGUAUAAUUCAUAAAAAGUGAAGAAAUUCUUUUCCACAUGUGUAAUAUUUUCUACCGUGUAGUUCAUAUUUAUAAAUAAAUUAAAUUUAUAACCUAAUAACGCAAAGAGCGAUGCAACAUUUAAAAAGAUAUUCCAUUUUAUUAGUUUUUAUUUUGUUUUAUAUCAAUCGUUACACUGAUCUUAACGUAAUAUAACACACUUAAGUAUCAAAGAUUUUUCAUAAUAUAAGGGAAAGAAAUAAAACUUAUCGAUAUACUACGUCGUGAGUAAUGAUUUGACGAGAAGUAACGACGAGCUAAGAAAAUAAAGCUCAUGUUGUUUCGUUUAAUGUUCAAACCAGAACCCGCUGCUCUACAAAAGAGAGAGAGAGCACCGGCAAAGUUUAAAAUCGCAACUAUUUCGUAUCUUUUCGUGUUUCUUUUAUUUUUUUUUUUUUUUUUACGAACGAAUCAAUGGUACGUACGCAAACGAUGUCGAUCGUUUACGCUACUCCGAGCGCGAACGUGGUCAACGAUCUCGAUAUACCAUAGAAACUCCAUCAUCUAGUAAUAAUAUAUCUUCCCUAGAAGUAGUCCGAAUGAGAGGAAAGAAAAAAGAAA